GUGAAGUUAAAGCUCCGCUGUCUGGUUGCUAAGCUAACUAAGCUAAGCUAAGCUAAGGCAAGAAACACAAUAUUCCAGAGCGGCGCUGCCACUAAAAUGCCUUGCGUGACAAGAGCAGAGGCUUCUGGUCAGUAAGGAAUGGGGGCACUUUGCUGCGGGCCCUGCAGUUGUGGAUGGACACAAUGGGCUCCGGGUGAGUAGCGGCGAGCAGCAGCAGCAGCGCCCUGCCGGGUCAGAGCCCCUCAGCCCGGGGAGAGACAGAGCACAGAGACGCUGCACAGGAGCGACGAUGGCUUCAUCUGGCUUCAGAUGACGUUUUGACUCUGCACUGAUGAGCGGGACUGAUCUAGAGGAACAUGAAGGUGUGUCCCGACACAAGCGAGAAUGACCCAAGCUGCCCUCCGGAAGCACUGAAUCACACCGCACAGGGCCGCAAAGACAUGGCAGGCAUCAGUGACGACUACAAGCAUUUGUUUUUCCACAGUCACCUCCAGAACGAGCUGCCUUCUUUUUGUAGGAGUGCGUCGCAGUCUGGAUCGAAAUGUCGAGGAACUGAAUGUAUGCAGGUUUCAGAUGGGCUGUGCAACGGUUCUUCUGAGAAUGUGGUUUCAAACUGUGGCAUGAUGGAAAUCGAGGACAGCCGGUCUUCGCCCUAUGCCUGUUCGUUCAACACGGUCGAUGAUGACGACGGCGACGAUGAUGAUGACGAAGACCUUACGCCGGAGGUGCAGCAGGCCUACAGGAUCUUUCACAGUUUCCUCACGGACAAACACAAAGUUCUAACUGCGCCGUUCUGGUGUCCGAUUGGCCCUGGAGAGCGAGGAGGGAAUGCUGUGAGCUUCAAUAGGAUAGACGGCAAAUUUGUCAACCGGGAGUAUGAAAGUAUUACUGAGUUUGUGGCCGAUUUUCGGCUCAUGCUGGAGAACUGCUACAGGUUCCAUGGCGUCGAUCACUGGAUCUCCAAACAGGCUCAAAAACUGGAGAUCAUUCUGGAGCAGAAGCUGACGCUACUGUCAAGGACCCUGAGAGAAAAGACGACCUUGGCAGUGACCUCUGGGGGGCGCUUCGGCACUGAAGACGAGAAAGGUCCAGCUGGCACCUCGACAAGGCGGCGGUCUGUGCCACGGAACCUGGCAGCCAUUACAGUGGGUGGCUGCGAGUCCAUCAUGGUGCAGGCCCUCCGACUGGAGGAACAGCAGAGAGCUAAAGAGGAGAAAAGGCAGCGAGAGCUUGAGAAGAAAGAGGCAGAGGAAGCGUCAGCCAAAGAGGUGGAGGAGUGGGAACAGUGCCUCCUCUCCCUGGCAGAGCCGUGGCCUAUCAGCACAAUGUGGGAGCUUCCUGCCAUUGGUCAUUUUCUGUGCCUAGCCCAGACAACUCUUAACCUUCCUGAAAUAGUUUUCUUCGAGCUGGAGCGCUGUCUGCUCAUGCCCCGCUGUAGCUCUUUCCUGGCAAAGGUCAUGACCUCCCUGUUGUGCCAGCCCCAUCGCAGGGCGACACUCCAUAGGCGUCCCUCCCUGCCCUACCGCCGCUGGGAGGCGGAGCUCAGGCAAAAGGUCCUGGGCUGGUACAAGGAGGUGGGCCAGGCUGAAGACCAGGUAGCCCGUGCAGAACAGCUAGGACUUUGCCACCAAUUUUUCUGGACUUUGGGCGAGACAAGUCCUUUGGACAGUACGGCCUUUCACCUCCUGCCCUUCAACCAGCGUGUUUGGUUGCUCAAAGGUCUUUGCGAUAACGUAUACGAAACACAGAAAGAUGUACAGAACGCUGUCCUUGGGCAGCCCAUUCACGAGUGCCGAGAGUCCAUCCUGGGCUACGAUAGCCAAGAGAACGCCUACAUACACUUCCCACAUUUCUGUGGUGCGGAUUUGCGGAUUUAUCGGCAGAGUCCAUGUGCGGCGCUGAGCUUCCCAUUACCACCGUUCCAUGUUAAGAAACUAGAGUGCGAAGUGGACACCAGGGGCGCCAGUGGCAUCUCUGCUGUGAUGCCGAAUUACCUAGAACAUAUCGGGGUUAAAGAGGAGAACGAGGACUCCACCAGUGGGGAUCUUGAAUUGUGGAUCAAUGAAGAUGAUUCACUUCGAGACAUGGAUGUUAGCUCGGUAGAAAGUGAGCCAGAUCAAAAAGGCCCCAAAAGAUUUCUGUUCCCACAUAAAGAGGAACUGCCAAGUCCUGAAAGCAUCAAGGGAGAACCUUUGAAGGUUAAGUUAAAAGAACAAAAAGACAAAAAUGAGGUGGCAGAAGAAGUUUCUGACUGUGAACCUUGCCUCACAGUGGGGGAAAACUGCUACAAAGGGAAGCUUCCGGCCAACUUUCCGAGCACAGACACUUUACAGCCUUCCUUGCAGUUCAUCGAGAAUGCCACACAAAAAAAUGGACCCCCUCGUCGGGACAAGGGUCCUUGUCCAAAGUGUUCUAUGGACUCUGACGGUAAACGCGAACAUCGUUCAUGCUUUUGCUUCAAAGCUGAGGCCGACAGAACCGGCUCUGUGUUUUCUCGACAAGCGAGCCGCUCAGGGGCUGAGACAGGAAGGAUGCGCUCCAAAAAGAAAAAAAGAAAGAAAAAGAAAGAGAAGUCAAUUGGGGUCAAGGCAGGGACAGGCAAACUGGGGCUGAAAACGUUUCGUCAUGCCAGAGCAGCCAGAGGCACCCUGCACAAAGCUGCCAUUGCCACCAUGAAAAGGAACGAUAAAAGGAAAAAACGGAAGUUAGGACGAAAGUUUGACUCCAAAAAAGCUGGGGAAAAAGAGACCGAGCCUCCACAGCUCCCAUUGGAGCCAACGUUUAAGUUGGUCUGCACCAGCUUAGAUGAGCUGAGGGAUCUCAUCAGCAAAACGGAGGAUGAGCUGGACGAGUUGGAGAGCUCCAAAAAGAGAUGUGGAAGAUGGUACUUAAAGAGAGAAUCGGUGAAAGAGCUUCACAUUACUCUUAUAAGACUGCUGAAUGAGCUGUUACCAUGGGAACCCAAAUUGCUCAAGGCUUUCCAAAGGAACAGAGGCAGGCUGAAAAAGGAGAGUGAUGAUUUUAAAAAGCAUCCUGAAUAUGAAAACUUUGUCAGAGAGGAGUGCAUGGCAGUUGAAGGAGAUGGAGGUGCAUGUAAAAAAGGCUCUUCUGCAGAGACUAGCAGAGAAGAUGAAGAUGAAGACAGAAUCGAAAGAACUUUGAAGGGAGACUCUGGGGUGACAGAAUGUGAAAAUCAGCAUGGGACUGAGUCAUUAGGAUGCCUAAUUCGUGGACAAGAAAUUUUUACAUCUUUGAGUGAGUCUGGACCUUUGACUCAAGGAUUAAAGCAUCGCCAAAAUUGUGACCUAGAUGAGGGUUUCAGUCCUAGCAAAAGAGGGAAGUUUGUUGAUGAUUAUGUGAUUUCUGAACCUCAAUUUGAGGUUGCAUGCCAUAAUUCAAGCAGAGCAAACCCUCUAACCACAGAAAGAGCACCAGCGAUCACUGCACCUGUGGGUACUUUUCAGAGGCACUGUAAGCCAAUCCAGGCAUUACUGGCCAAGAGUGUUGGAAACAAAGUGACCUUAAUGAGUCAUCCACAGGCUACUGCAAUGGCUCAGGCUCUGGGACUGCCAAAUAAGAUAGAAACUUUAGCUGUAUCGCCAACCAAACCCACAACAAGCUGUCCGUUGACGCCACUGACGGCACCAGUCACCACACAGACACAGAUGCCCAUUACGUCAUCUGCACCAGUGCAGGUUGUAUGUAACGUGUCGGACGGUUUGAGUUUGGUUAGAAAAGAUUGCACCCCACUCAAGUUUUCCAUGCAGCCAGUUAUGGACCAGAAAACAGAGGAGAAGUUAAUGCAGCAGAUUAUUAUUCUUCCUUCAAAUUUGCUCAUUCAAAACGAGGAAACAAGAACUCAGCAGCCAUCCAUCACUUCUACAACGGUUUUAUCCAAUACUAUUGGGUUCACUGUGCCUGAAAACAAGAUUCCUGUCCAGCAAGUGGCUCCGUUAAAAGAUACUAGCAUUGUGAAAACACCUUCACCUUCUGUUUCACCCAGCUUGCUGAAGUUAACAUCCUGCCGAGCUUCGCCAAGCCCUAAAAAGACUACUGAACCUCAUUCAAUGCUAAAUAGAUCCCCUACCCCUAUUUUAUCAUCUGCGCAUCCCAACAAAUGUGAUGGUAAGCAGGAGUUGAAGACCAUGUGCAUCCGAGACUCACAGUCCAUCCUUGUCACAACGAGAGGAGGAAAUACAGGAGUGGUGAAGGUUCAGACGUCAGAACAGAGUGGAGCAGGUUCUUUACCAUCCAGCCCUGUUUUCACCAUGCCUCCCCAGUUUCAAGCUUUCCUCGUCUCGAAGACGUCCGCAAUGGCAACAUCCACUGCUCAAGCACAAAUUGCAACUACCACUGCCAAAUUAUUGCCUAUUAUCUCUUCUCCGAAUGACAAGGGUAACUCCUUGAAAUCUUCACCACAGUCACCUUUAAAACGUGUUGGUGCAGUGAAUCCAUCUCUGCUGGUGGAAAGUACUUGUGGUGCAGUAACUUUCAGCACUGGCUCACCUAUUCCUGUAACAUCUGUUCUUGACAGUCACGCAAAAACCGCUCAGACAUUAAUCAGCGUUAACUCUCUACUUACAGCACCUUCCCAAAGCAAUGUUUCUUCAACUGUGAAGUCUGUCCAAGGCAUCCCUCAUACUACUACCUUUAACAGUACACUCCAAUCUCCUCUGAAGAGGUGUCAAGCAAGGAGUCUUGGGCCAGAGCAGUCCACUUUCCCAAAAGUUUUCCUGGUCACACCCACAACAAAUAACCCUGCAUCAACAGCGAAUGUCACUACUGCUCCUGCUCCAUCUACUGUUUCCGGGUCAAGGGUCUUGUUUAUGAGUCAGUCUUCCUCUGCCUGCUCUACUGUUACCAUUCCUAAAGGACCUAUAACAUCUGUGUCCAGCACUGCCGCAGCUACUUCAUUACCAGUUGAAGGUAUGAAGGUUAGACCGAACUUUGUCCAUGCCACUGGUAGCACAACUACUGGUACUCUAACUAAAGUCCAGGGUAUCAAUAUUUCAGGGUUAACAGCUAGGAUUGUGGACGAGAAAACAGUCACAAGCAAUAGUCUAGUGCCACUCACUGAUGCUGCCACAAAAGUUGCAUCUGUGACAGUCUCUAGUGUACUUGCAACUUCUUCCAGUGGGCUCAUUUUUGUCCAAAAAAGCAACCCUGCUGCAACUACCUGUCCAUCAAUGAGUAUCAAAGGUCCUGUAAAAGCUACUGGAGCCACAGAUGGCAAAACUGUCACAUUUUCAACUUAUGGCAGUGGGCAUAUGGCUUCCUCUGCACUCCUUUCAGCAGUAGAUCAAAAGAAUAUGUCAUCCACAGUCUCAAUAUCAAACAUUCUGAAUACUAAAUCUGAACAAGUAAUUGGCAGCUUAGCUCCAAACUUGGCCAGUCUUUCAUCAGGAAGCCUCAUUAACAAAGACAGUACUUUGCCAGGAGGUCUGAUGAAUGACAAGCCGUGGGUUACUACAUCCCUUACUACAGCUUCCUCUCCUAUCAAACUUCCGACAUCGGUGCCAAGGGUCUCUCAUCCUCUAACUCUGACUACCACAGCAGCAACACACACAUCAGGCACCACUUCUCCAGCACCUCAACCAGGUUUGACUUCUGUGGUCAGAGCUCCUAUAAAUCCCAUCAGUAGUAACACUGCAGUACAAGAAAAAGUUGUGAUCAAUACCAAUGCACCACUUGCCCCUGGAACCCAACUGCUUAUCAACAACAUGAAAUUUGUGGUACCUGCUCAAGGCCUUGGACCUGGUAGUCAUGUUCUUUUCAUCUCCAGCCCUGCCAUGCGCCCUGCAGGUCCAUUGGGGACAAGUCCUUUGCCUCUUGUCCCAAGGGGGGCAGGUACUUCAAAUCUUCUUUCCCCUACACCAGUUGUUCAAGGUCCAAGAAUGGUAGCACCAGUGAUGCAGUCUCAUCAUACGCCUGUUAGGCUGCCAGUAUGCACCACAUCUGUCCCUUUUCAUCAACCCUUAACCACAGCCAGACCCCCACUGUCCUCUACUGAUUCUACUGCCUUUGCACAAAUAACUCAGCUAGGGAUGGUCAUGUCACCUGGACAACAAAGCUUGACAAAUAUUGUGAGGCUUCCUUCCUCCUCAGCCCCUGAAGGUAAAGGACACUCUGUUGUGCCAUCACAUCGUGAACCCAACUGCCGAAAAAAAGAAGUUGUUGCAGUUGCUGCGCAAUCACAGAGAAGUUCACAGAACAUGGCAACACCAGCUCUUGUACAAACGGGACUUGUAAGUGCACCAUCAAAACCCCAGCUAACGUCAGUCCUAUCACCAGUGAUUUCCCGGACACCCCCAAUGCUUACCAUGCCACCCAUGAGUAGCACAAUAUCAAGGAUGCAUACCCUUCCUGUGGCAACUGUUCCACCAAUUGGGGGUACCAUCAGUAGUUGUCAGGCCACUCCCAUUGCAACAAUACCUCCAUCUGUUAACACAGUUAUAAUGGCAGGUAGAGGUGUGCAACCUGGAAAUAUGAGAAUGCCAGUUGUCAUAACAAACACAUCACAGGUUCAAGGCAAGGCUCCAGUGCAGGUCCCAGGUGCGCACACCAUCCACACCCCCAGUAAACUGUUAUUGAGUCCUGAUGGCGCCAUUUUGAAUGUAGUUAGAUGCCCAGCCCUUCAAAAUGUACCAGUGAUGGCAAAUACAAUGACCGCUCAAGUGGUGGUUCCCACCUGUAGUGGUGUGACUGGACCUGAUAUGAACACACUUGAUUCUCAGAGGAUGUUAACAGUUAAUCCGGAGAGACCUAAUCACUGACAUUUGUCUCAGAUGACUAAAAUGGACAUCCUUUUUACCUUGGUGAUCAAAAAGGACCUUUAAGGACCUUUUGAAGUUGGUUGCUGAAAGGGGUGGGAUGGAUGCCUUUCUUUUUUGCCCCUGAAUUAGAAUGUUUCAUUUUUCUCAGUAAGCACUAUUUUGUAUACUGGGUGUCUUUACAUCACCUAUAGCAGGAAUACAUCAAAUUUGAUUUAAAUAAUAAUUGAAAUGGCCAGUUAUGUAUAUAGUAAACUAUUUUAUGGGCUUUUCAUACUCAAUUAGUAUGCAAAAACUAAAUUUCAGAAAAAGAAUUUGAAUCUUUUGUAGCAAUCUUCCAUUGACAGAGUUGUUACGCAAUGCAUAUUUCACUCUUUAGAGUACUCUACAUGCAGUUUUAGCACAUGUCUACCAAGUCUGUUCAGGUCAUUCUCACCUCUUACAUAUGGUAGUGGAUUUGAGCUUGGUUAGGUUGAUCAGUUUUAGCAAUUGAGUUUUUUGAGACAUUGAAACUAACAUAAUACCAAUUACAGUACUACCAUAUGAUGUUAUAAUUCAGAAGUCCUUUGACUACAGUUUACAUGUUGAGAGUUAGAAUUAUUUAUUAAAUUGCCUAUCUUGGAUUUUUCAAAAAUAUUCUAGUAUUUUGGACCACUUAUAUUGGACAAGAAGGAAAUAAAUGCAGUUCUUUGUUCUUUA